UCGAAACAACUAAACUUCUGUUGAAAACACCGAAAAUGUCAACAAAUGCCUCGUCGUCACGUCACGUUAGUUUUGUUUUAAUAUUAUAUGAUUUUUACUAGAUAUGCAGCAUAUGGGUUCGGCAUAUGUAAUUGUCACUCUAUAAUAAGAGUUAUAAAGUCUACGGUGCCUCUUAAGGUUUUAAAUUCUGGAAAUGGAAAGCGAAAGCCCGAGAAUGAGAGGAACAAAUGAGCAGAGAACAAAUCAUGCCAGCGUGCAUGACGAGGACACAUUACUUAGCAAUCAAGAACUUGGACCUACAACUCAAGGGACAGUUUUGCGGAAUGAUAGACUUAACAUAGCAAUUUUAUUUUUUUUAUACAUUCUGCAAGGAAUACCUCUUGGACUGGCUGGAAGUAUUCCGAUGAUUUUACAGAAUAGAAAUAUUAGCUACAAAGAACAAGCUAUAUUUAGUUUUGUAAAUUGGCCUUUUAGUGUGAAAUUAUUGUGGGCCCCUGCUGUUGAUUCAUUGUUUUGGAGUCGAGUUGGCAGACGGAAAACAUGGCUGGUGCCUACGCAGUACUUUAUUGGACUGUUUAUGAUUGUUUUAUCUACGUCAGUUUCAUCACUGCUAGGAGAUGAUAAUAGUGUGCCUAAUGUUUGGCUAUUGACAGCUGUAUUUUUUUGCAUGAACUUUUUAGCCGCUACUCAAGAUAUUGCAGUUGAUGGCUGGGCUCUGACCAUGCUUUCCAGACGAAAUGUUGGCUAUGCAUCAGUAUGUAAUUCUGUGGGGCAGACCGCUGGAUAUUUUCUUGGGAACGUAGUUUUCCUUGCUCUUGAAUCUGCUACUUUUUGUAACACUUAUUUACGAUCUGUGCCUCAACCUGAAGGUUUAGUCACACUUGGCAGUUUCCUAAGAUUUUGGGGCAUUGUAUUCUUCAUAGCUACUUCUAUGAUUUUAGUCUUUAAAUCAGAAAGAGAAGACAGACAUUCCAAUAUAUUAGGAAUAAGAGAUACAUAUAGUCAGCUUUAUCGUAUUUUAUGUCUGAGAAAUAUCUGGCUAAUUGUGACAUUUCUAUUAACAUGUAAGAUUGCAUUUGCUGCUACUGAUGCAGUUACAGGAUUAAAACUAAUUGAACAAGGUGUCAAGAGGGAACACCUGGCUCUUAUAGCUAUUCCUAUGGUUCCUAUACAAAUACUUCUACCAAUUGUCAUCAGCCGUUACACGACUGGUCCUAAACCCUUAGCCGUGUUUUUGAAGGCUUAUCCUUAUAGGUUGAUGUUUGGGUUAUUAUUUGCAUAUGUUGUUUGGUGGACUAAGACUGUUAGAACUAUAACUGGUGAUUUCCCAUUUUACUAUUAUGUCAUUAUAACCAUUGCUUAUGGUUUGCAUCAGAUUACAGUUUACAGUUGUUUUGUUGCCUUGAUGUCAUUUUUUGCUCAAAUAAGUGAUCCAGCAAUUGGCGGUACCUAUAUGACUCUAUUAAAUACUAUUUGUAAUCUUGGUGGAAACUGGCCCACAACUUUGGCAUUGUGGUUUGUGGAUGGCCUCACAUACAAAAGUUGUGAAAAUUCUAUGUUCAGUUGUGAUACCAAAGAAUUAGCGCAGAAGUGUACUAAUGCUGGUCAUGAAUGCCUAACAACAGUAGAUGGUUUCUAUUUGGAAACAAUUCUCUGUACCAUUUUCGGAUUUAUAUGGCUUAAGUGGGGUAAAAACGUAAUUCAUAGAUUACAUCGUUUACCAAUGUCAGCUUGGAAAUGUCCCAGGUAACACUAAAAUUGGACAAGGGUUGUACAAGCCUGAUGAAAUUUAUUUGCAUCUUUCAUAAACUGAUCAAUCAUGUUCUGGUUCAUGGAAUCAUCCAGUACUGAAUGUAACUUUUGUCUUUGAAAGAAUAUUUUGUAUAUGUUAGUAUACAUUGUUUUUUUCUUUCAUCUAGCUGUUAUUCCGGUGCAAUGCAAAAAGUGUGAUAUAUUGACACCUUGUCAAUAUUUUACAGUCAAUUCUCACAAUUAUAUUGGUGCACAAUUUAUGUAUAUUAUAGCAUUUUUGUUUGAUGUUAUUUUGUAAUAAAAUGGAAUGAGAAAAAUCUGAAUAAAAUUAUAUUAUUUAAUGA